UAUAUACACAAUACAAGUUUAUUUACUGCUCACGCAUUCUUCUUGAAUGUAUGAUACCAAAAACAAACUAGGUCUUUAUUCUUAUCCAGCAGAUGUCUUAAAUGACCUUAUAGUUUCCUAAUAAUGCAUGAUGUUGGUCAGGAAUUUGUUAGGGACUAAACAUUUUACACUAACCUUACAUUGUGGGACCCUUUGUGACCACUAUGUGUUAAAAAGACUCAGACAACAGAACAGAAAGACACAUUUGAUAAAUUGUAAAGGGUGUUGUAUGUAAUUGUAAACAGACUGAGUUCAAUCAUUAAAACCCUCAGGCUCAAUAACACUGCAGCUACUGUAUGUAUCUAAAAUAUGUUGCAUUUCAAUCCAAAAAUACUUUCCCAAUUGAACCCUGAUAGAAACACAUUUCAGUAGAUCAUGCAGUGCAUUUACCAGCAGGCAUAAGGACUGCAAAACAGUUAUCCCUACAAUGUCAACACACACUUGGGAUGGGAAUUGAAUUCAGAUAAACAUAAAUAUAUGUUCUUUCCAUUAGUGAAAUAUGGCUUUUCACCUUUUUUUUCUAGUUACCAAGGAAACCACAUUGGACAAAUCAAUGAAGAUAAUAUCACUGGAGAGGGAGGGUAUACCUAAACUCCCUCACCCCCCCAAACAAUCCCUGUCUCACUUUGAGUGUGAGUCUGGCGCUCUCUCUCUCUCUUCUCUCUCUCUCUCUCUCUCUCUCUCUCUCUCUCUCUCUCUCUCUCUCUCUCUCUCUCUCUCUCAUGGUUAGCCUUUCUCCCUCGCUCUCAUUUUCUAUGCCAUCUCCCACUCAUCCUCUCCCCCUCUUGUUAUCUGCUGCCUCGCCCUCACUCACUCUCUCUUCCCCCUCACAACACUCGCUUCCUGAAAACCACUGCCAAAGGACCAGCAGGCGCAGCACAUCCCAAGUGUCCAUUACUCAACGGAGGCCUACAAGAAGGAAAGAAGAGGAGAAAAGCUUAAACUCUAGUCCAGGUGUGGUGGUAAUCUGUAGCUCUGUCUGGCAGCCUAUAGCUCCAGCAGUAUGGCCUCACUCAGGGAAUAAGAAGGGUCAGAUUUUGGACUACUUUAGUACUACAUAGUAUUCCACUUUCCAUUAUAGUCUCAAGUUAGAAUACUUGAUUGGAUUGAAGUGGAUAAAAGUAAGCGGAAGCAGACUCUUAGCUGAGCUGAAGUUGAACGCUGCUCAAGUUGGGUGGAGUUGGACCGGGGGUCGUGUUGCUGGUUGGACUCGACCCGGCCUGAACCGACCUGGCUCGGAGGCGCAGUGCUGGGCGAUGACAGACGGUAACCAAAGAUGUUGAGUCUGGAUGGCUUGGAGAUGAUCGCUUUACUGGUGGUCAUGGGUCUCUUCAUCAAAGUCCUGGAGCAGUUUGGGAUGUUCGAGCCUGUCGGAGGGGAAGACAGCGUGGAAGAUGAUUUUGAGUUAUCCACUGUGUGUCAUCGCCCUGAAAGCAUGGACAAGCUUCAGGAGCAGACUAAGUUCACCAAAAAAGAGCUGCAAGUCCUCUACAGGGGCUUCAAAAAUGAGUGUCCAUGUGGUGUGGUGAAUGAGGAGAACUUUAAGACAAUUUAUUCCCAGUUCUUUCCACAGGGAGAUUCAAGUAUGUAUGCACAUUUCCUGUUUGAAGCUUUCGACACUAACAAGAACGGCUCUAUUAGUUUCGAGGACUUUGUAUUUGGCCUGUCUAUUAUCCUGAGAGGGACCAUAAAUGACCGGUUAAACUGGGCGUUUAACCUCUAUGACCUUAACAAAGAUGGCUGCAUCACCAAAGAGGAGAUGUUGGACAUCAUGAGGUCCAUCUAUGACAUGAUGGGGAAGUACACAUACCCCUCCAUGCAGGACGAUGUUCCACGAGAACAUGUGGAGAGCUUCUUCCAGAAAAUGGACCGGAAUAAAGACGGCGUGGUCACCAUAGAAGAGUUCAUAGAGUCAUGCAAAAAGGAUGAGAGCAUAAUGCAGUCCAUGCAGCUGUUUGACAACGUCAUCUAGGAACCUGGAUCAGAGUCCCUGGCACCAGGGAGGGGAGUAUGUCUGUGUAUGAGAGGAUUUGGGAUUAAAAAGAGACAGAGAAUUUGUGAAUGUGUGCGUAUGUGUGGCCUUUUUCUGACUUGCAAGCUUGUGCUUGUGUGUCUGUUGAGAGCUGUGAGUCCUGAGGACACUGAGAGACUGUCUCCCUCUACCCUGACCCCGGGACAUUUGUCCCAGCAACAAUGGAGUUUUCCUCACUUCCUUCAUCAUGCAGAACCUUAGUUUUACCCCGGAGGCACAGAGUAAGAAGGACAGCAGCGAGAUCACAGGCACUGGCACACACCUGUUUUGUUUGAACUGUUAUGUAUUACUACUACUGAUGGAGGAUCUAUCGCAGCAUGUGCUGGCUGAACUCAGAGGGCGCAAGUUGCCUCCAAACCUUGAUCUAAGAUCACUAUUCCUAUUUCCCUGUGGUGGCUGAGAUUUGGAUUUGUGAAUCUGAUCCUGUCUCUGUGCAUGUAGGCCUAGGUAAAAUCUCCCUGGAGCCGCAAGACUCCACCGGCCAUGAAUAUAGAAAUGAAUCUUCCGCCAUCUUGUGGACGAGAGAGAGAAAGACACUUCCUGAGGAAACAACUGACAAAUUUGAGAUCCAAGCAUUUUGGUUUUACAGAUGGAGGUUCAAUCGUGUUGUUGUUCCACGAGGAACUGAUUACAAUAUCGCAUGAUGAUGUCACUAAUAUAUCUAUUUACAGAGAUACUCCAAAGUCUGCUUGUCUGUCUGCUGUUCUUAGUCAUUCACAGGUGCCUCACCCUUUGUGUACAUGUGUGUGCAUGUGUAACAGAAAGAGAUGUCACCCAUUUUUCUCAUGUAAAGGGGCAACACCAACCUCCAUUAAUGGGAUUCUAGUAGAAUAGUUCCCAAGCCUUCCAAACUAUUACAGUCCUAGCUGUAGGUGUCUAUUGACUGUUGUACAUUUUCUAGCAUUCCCAUUGGUGUGAUAUUAGGCAGUACAAUGUGGGGGUUGCACUAUACUCAACAAGCUGUUUUUAUCAUCCCAGCCUCCUUUGACAGAGGAAAGGCAUACCACAGUCGUACAAGUCUUUCUUUACAUCAAAGGGGAAUUAUUAGAUUGCAGAUUGUACUUGUGAACCUCUUGUAAUCAGAAAUGUUGUGUGGCUGUAGCAGGUUCUACCACUUAAAAAAUAUUCAAAACCCCUGUUGCAUUAAAUUAGGCUCAUUCAAUUUCAAAGAGGCAUAGUAUGUGUGUGCGUGCUGUUAGUGAGAGACGUGAUUUAAAAACAUAGUUCCCCUACCCCUCAUUCUCUAUUCUCCCUCUCUCUGUUACACCAAAGAGACCAAAUAUAAAUUACAGAUGUUUAUAAAGCCACUUUAAAUAAAGACAAAAGGCCCACCAGUGGGUGAAGAGAGAGGGUGAUGCUGUAUUGUCAAUAUGACAAGGGGCAAGCAGAGAUAAAGACAUGUAAUUGGGUAAAAUGUCCAUGUGAUUUUCCUGCACAUUACCCAAAAUCAAGUGUAGUUGAGAGUUGUUAACCGACACUUUAUUAGAAAGGCAUGUGAAUAAUUUGCAACCACCAGAAAUACUGUCUAUCUAUCAGGGUGUAAGAAAGAGGCCGUCAAACGUUGAAUUAAUUGGUUAUUUCCUUAAAAUGCAAAGACUGACAUGGAGUAGCAAUAAUGUCCACCCCUUAUCAGCACUUUUCCACCCAUUCAACCUCGCAAUCUUCUCAGAGCACAGUGACAGGGAGCACUAUGGCCCUGAUGACAAUAUGCACUUCCAGCCCUGCAAUUUUCUUUUUUUCUGUUCUUAUUUUUUUUUCCGUCUGGGGUUAAAGUGGUUUGACUCUGAUUGUUCCUUGCCAAUCGUUUUUAGAUUUUAUUCCAGACCACAAGUAAAACCAGUCUAUACCCGCAUGUACUGUGUCUAGAACAAUAAGAACCUACUAACCCGUUGUACUGACUGUCUAGUUAGCUAGCCUCAACCGGUUGCAUAAAGUAUCCAAAAUGUGUAUAUUUUGUACAGAGACAAUAAAAAUCACAGUUACUAUGCAAAAUAGAGUUGAGUUUGAAUUUUAUUCAAAUAGGAUAGUGCAUUUAUCCUUAUAUUUGUUGACAUAUGGUACAAA